AUGGGGCGCCAGGACUGGAAACGAAUGUUCAAGGGUCUGCAGGACAAACUAGGCUCGUCGAGACUCAAAGACCAAGAUGGCGUAUCGGACUCGCAUUCUGUCGAGCCUCAGAAGAAUCACACCAGUUCAAGGCCCGAUACCUCGACUACCAAAGAUAAUGGAUCCUGUAAAGACCCGGUACAAUCAGACCAGGCUUCACAAACGCAGAAAAAUAUUGUACCAGCCUACCAACUGCUCAGAUCAUCUCAGAGUUUGUCCAAUCCCCGAAUUGACAAUGCGCCAAUCCAAGAUCUCUGGAAUAUAGCAUACGAAAGGCUACGGGUGGAUAAUAGCGAACUGAUUAAGAAGUAUGAGAUAAAGCUCCGAGGGAAUAUGAUAGCCGGCCUAGGUUCGACACUUGGGUCUAACGCAAACAUGAGAGACCGAAUGCAGAUGAUCCUGGAAUACAAAAUGAAAGAAGUCAAUUCAAAUGUAUGGAAGUUAAAAUUUAGGAGCUCUGAUGUCGACGUUAGAGACCUCGUGCAACCGAUUCUAGGGAUUGUGAGCUUGGUCAACGAAUACAUCACUGAUGCCGUGAGUGUAAGCUCUUAUGCAUCUUUUGCUUGGGUCGGCAUAAGUCUACUACUCCCACUCUUUAUGAAUCCUUCAACACAAAUAGCAUCCUUAGCAAAGGGUUUGGAAUUCGUCUCGACUCUUAUCGCCCAGAGCCGAAUGAGAGAAGAGCUUUAUGUUCGGCGCUAUGAGUUAAAGCCUAGUGAAGGUCAAUCAUUUCAACAAUCUCAUCGGGAGUAUAAAACCGGCUUAGAACAGCUUUAUCGACAGAUUCUGAAGUUUCAAGUUACGACCUACUGCUACUUCACCAAUAAUUCCGCAUCCCGCUUUUGCUUGGAUAUUAUAAAACGAAAUGAUUGGGAUAAUCUAGUUAAUGGAAUUCUUGAGCAAGACAUGUUGUUUGGCAAGUUGGCUACAACUUGGCGUGACAUUCAAUACGACGAUGAAUGUUUGGCGGCCGAGAACCGGCAUCAAAAUGCCAUGAGUCUCUGGUUUACCAUUGGGGAAAAUGUCUCUAGCUUAGAGAGAGCUGUGAAGGAUGCGCAUGAGCAGAAAGAUCGCAUCGAAUUGCUCCGAUGGCUGUGUAAUAUCGACCACAGUGAACUAUAUAAUAGCGCGCGCGGUAAGCACAAGGGUGGUACGGGAGAGUGGCUCCUAGAUGGGAGCGAGGCAUUCAAAGCGUGGGAGGAGAGCAUGGUGUCUAAAUCUUUCUUAUGGCUCCAUGGAAAAGCCGGCUCUGGAAAGUCCAUUUUAAGCUCCUCUGUGAUUAAGCGUCUACAAGACCGACAUCAGGGGAACUCUAUGAGUGUGCUCGCUUAUUUCUACUUCAGCUUCAGUGAUGUCCAGAAGCAGAGAGUUGAUGGAAUGCUUUCAUCUCUGAUUAGGCAGAUCAGCGCCCAUCGGCCAUACAUACCACAAUCAGUCCAAAGCCUCGGCGAGUAUAAAAAUAAUGGCGGCCGUCCGGAUACAGAAACACUGAUAGAAGCGUUAAUCGCUUCUAUGCAGGGAUUUUCGGCCGUUUAUAUUAUUAUUGAUGCUUUGGAUGAGUGUCCAAGGCUAAACGACGAGAGGAAACGACUCCUGAAUAGCUUGUGUGAUAUUCUUAACGCAGCACCGCACAGCCUUCACAUGCUCUGUACAAGCCGCAAGGAGAAUGAUAUAGAUAAGGCCAUAAGGCCUUUGCUAUGUGAUCCAUGGGGAGCAGAAAUAGAUUUGUCUGUCCAACGCAAAGUUUUGGACGAUGACAUUGGCAAGUACAUCGACUCGAUUUUAGCAGAUGCCGAAUACGAUACAUGGCCAGCGGAUAUCAAAGAAGAAUCAAGAAAUGCGCUGAUAGAUAAAGCAGACGGCAUGUUCCAAUACGUGCGUUGCCAGUUCGAAAACUUGCAAAACUUAUCCUCCAAGGACGCCGUUCGCAGGGCUCUGGGAGAUCUUCCCAGCGGGCUUGAUUCAACCUACGACAGAAUGCUUCUGAGCAUAGAUGCAAAUUUCCAACCACAAGCCAUAGCAUCCCUGAAAUGGCUCGCUUUUUCAUGGAAGCCUCUAAACCUUGCUCACUUCUCGAUCAAGGAGUACCUGACGUCUGAGAGAAUUCUUCAGAGCCGUUCAUCUGUCUUUGCGUUCACGGAGGCCGACGCCCACGUACACAUUGGACGCUUUUGUCUCGCCUAUCAUCUACACAUAAGCUCAACGAUUGAGAUAUCGAAUGAAAACGAGCAGUAUUUACACAAGGAUGAUUUGGCAGAAUACGCACGCAUCGGUUGGGCACAACACAUCGAAUUCAUUCCCCGAGCAUCCUGGCCUCCAGAAAUUUCACGAAAUGCAGUUGUCUCACUUUCAGUCUGCAGCAAAAGCUUAUUCCGUAUGAUCUAUCCCUUCACAAUAAUACGAAAUUUAAUUCGACAACCUUAUCUCUACACUGCCAUGCAUGGCUUCUGCCAGCUGACAGAAAUGUUAAUAUCGAGCAGUGUCUACCUCACACAAGUGGAUUUGGAUGAGGGUCUCCGUUGGGCAACACGUUAUCGGAGAAAGGCCCUUGUCAAGCUCUUUUUAGAUAAGGGUGCUCAGAUACACGAUUGUCUAGAAAUAGCAGCAAGGGUGGGAAAUGCAGCGAUUGUAGGGCUUCUACUCGACUACGGAGCCGAAAUCACUGCGCUCGCUGGCAAACUGGAAUGUGCACUGCGAAGUGCCUUAUGGGGAGGUCAUCUUGAUGCACUCAAGCUCCUUGUGAAUCGCGGAGUCGAUGUCAACAGCCCAUUCGACAAGACAGAAUACAUGCCCCAUCCAGGAUACACGCCUUAUCCAGUAGAUUUAUGGAGGAAGAGGUUAGAGCUGCGUAUCGUAGACUGUCUCCGUUUUCUAUUUGACAGCGGCGCCGGUGUCAACAUGAAAGACAGCACUUCUUUGGCAGCGGCGCUCUAUGUAGCAAUACAUAUUGGAGCCCGGAGAGCAUUCCAGCUGCUGUUAGAGAGAGGCGCGCACGUGAAUGAGCUGGCAGGGGAGAAGGGUUACCCACUUCAGGCGGCGACGGAUUCCUCUCAUGACGCUGUAUUCAUCAAGGACUUACUAGACCGCGGCGCAGAUCCUAACGCUCAAGGCGGGAUUUAUAACACGGCUCUACAGUCCAUGUGUGCCAGGAUUUAUGAUCCUAACUCUGGGGAAAUGAUACAAAUCAUUGAGCUGCUAGUGAAUGGAGGUGCUGAUGUCUCUAUUCAGGGGGGCAAAUACGGAACGGCAAUGCAGGCAGCAUGCUAUAACUGCAACAUCCCGAUUGCGGUUGUAAAAUACUUACUCGAGAAAGGCGCCGACGUGAAUGUGCAGGGAGGACACUAUGGCAAUGCCCUCCAGACGGCAUGUCAGCGCAGCCCCUUGUACGGGGUCAAACAAUUUGAAGUACGGGAGCGCGCCCUAGAAGUAGUACAACUGCUUCUAGACCGAGGAGCUCAUACUGAUGCUCAAGGCGGCUAUUAUGGGACGGCGCUCCAAGCUGCUUGUGCAAGCGAGAACGAGGACAUAGCGCGUCUCUUGAUUGAUCGUGGUGUCAAUGUGAACGCCCGGGGUGGACGAUACGGAACAGCACUACAGGCAGCUUGCGCAGCCGGGAACCUGGACAUUGUCCAUAUUUUGCUUAAAGGAGGUGCCCGUGUUAAUAUCGAAGCCGGAUAUCAUGGCACCGCAUUGGAGGCUGCCUGCGCGAGAGGUCAUACCGAGGUGGCUCGUGUGCUCCUCGAACACGGUGCCGACGUUCAUCUGGGGAACAACGGUGCAUGGCAUGCAGCCGCACUCUCCAAGGAUGACGAUCUGGUGGGACUAAUGCUUGACCAUGGUGCUGGUGGGAAUGAUUUUCGUGGCUCUCAUGACUCGCCUCUGCAUGCUCUGCUUCAAUGCGGAAGAAAAAUUAACGUGCGGGUCCAACUAUUACUUGAGCAUGGCGCUGACCCUAAUCUUGUGGUCGGUGAAUACGGUAAUGCACUCCAGGUCGCGUGUACCGUAAAGGUUUGGGAUUUCGAUAGGCUUGGUGUGGAGAGCGAUAUAUACUACGGUGCCGCCGGUCCAAAACUUCUUCUGGAGCUUUGCCCCAAUAUCAAUGUCAAUGUACCAGGAGGAUUAUUUGGCUCGGCUUUGCAAGCGGCAGCAUACUCGGGUCAGACACCUACCAUCAGUUUGUUGUUAAAAAGAGGAGCCCAUGUGAACACCCGGGGUGGGAAAUAUGGCAGUGCCCUGAAUGCCGCCGUUAUUGCAGGCAACUGGGAUAUUGUUGAAGUUUUGCUCGACGCCGGUGCGACGCCUGAUUGUCACAUUUCGUCACAACCUGACGAAGAGUGGCUCCAGCGUGUGCUAGAAGACGAUGGCCAAGGGGGCGUGGAGAGAUAUAGAAAGUUUUGGGAGGUAGAGAGGGCAGAGAGGGAAGUUUCGGCAAAUUAG